AUGGCUAAAGAAGGACCCAACUGGGAUGGGUUGCUCAAAUGGAGCAUUGCUAACUCCGAUGGAACUCGCCCCACUCGCAAUUUGAGUGAGGAGGAUCGGAAAUGGUUUAUGGAAGCAAUGCAAGCACAGACCAUUGAUGUUGUAAAACGUAUGAAAGAGAUCACACUUGUGAUGCAAACUCCAGAACAAGUCUUGAAAGACCAAGGAAUCACCCCUGCAGACAUUGAAGAUAUGUUGGAUGAGUUGCAAGAGCACGUUGAGUCGAUUGACAUGGCCAAUGAUCUCCACUCCAUUGGCGGGUUGGUUCCUCUUCUUGGUUACCUGAAGAAUUCUCAUGCUAAUAUUCGAGCAAAGGCUGCUGAUGUGGUGACUACAAUAGUCCAGAAUAAUCCUCGAAGUCAGCAACUUGUUAUGGAGGCAAAUGGCUUCGAGCCUCUUGUUUCUAAUUUCAGUUCAGAUCCUGAUGUCACUGUUAGAACUAAAGCGUUGGGUGCAAUAUCUUCACUUAUUCGACACAACAAACCUGGUAUCACUGCGUUUCGCUUAGCAAAUGGUUAUGCAGCCUUGAAAGAUGCACUAACCUCUGAGAAUGUGCGAUUUCAAAGGAAAGCACUCAACUUGAUCCAUUACCUGUUGCAUGAAAAUAAUUCAGACUGCAACAUUGUGAACGAGCUUGGAUUUCCUCGAAUGUUUAUGCACCUUGCCUCAAGUGAAGAUGCAGAUGUCAGAGAAGCUGCCCUCCGGAGUCUUCUCGAGGUUGCUCGCAAUUCAAAAGAAACAGAGGAAGACAGUGAGAAAAUGAAGCAACUUCUUCAAGAAAGAAUAAACAGUAUCAGUUUAAUGUCAGCUGAGGACCUUGGUGUAGUAAGGGAGGAGAGGCAGCUUGUGGACUCCCUGUGGAGUACUUGCUUCAACGAGCCUUCUUCUCUUAGAGAGAAAGGUCUGCUUGUGCUUCCCGGGGAAGAUGCACCCCCUCCAGAUGUUGCUAGCAAAUUUUUUGAGCCUCCUCUUAGAUCUUCUGUGAAUCCAUCUUCCAAGAAUGUCUCAAACAAUGAUAAGAAAGAGACCCCUUUGCUUCUAGGGCCAGGUCCUUCAUCUGCAGACACUAGCAAUCCAGUUAGUUCUAAUAGGGAAGGAGAUGCUAGAUGA